AUGCUACUCAGGACAAUUCCGGAGGUUUUUUCUGAUUCAGACAAUAUACCAUAUAUAGUAGUAUUAAGAGUUAAUGACAUAGUUUGUAGAUGUGUAGUGGAUACUGGUGCUGUCAUCAGCUUGGCUCGAAGAUGUAUAUUCUCGGAAGAACAAAUCAAUUUUGAGGGCAAUGAUGACAUUUUCUUGACAGGAGUGACAGGACAUAAACUGGAAACCUAUGGCACAGCAUUGGUGUCAAUGGGCUUUGAGGGUGAGGAUCUGAGAGAAAAUAAAACACAAUUGGUUGUAUGUGAGGACCCAAUUUUGGGACGAGUGGAGGAAAUUUUGAAGCAUUCGUCCGUUUGGCAUAUAACCCAAUCUAGAAAGCCAAAUGUGUAUCCUACACGCAUCUUCAAUAGGCAAAGAGUAAGGAGCGUUCCAUAUUCUUUGCAAUGCAAGUACGAGGAUAAUUGGACAGGCUGGCUUCAAAGAGUGAGGACAUAUUUUGGCAGUUUCAGAAGACUGAGUCAGAACUCUACGGACUGUGAAAAAUCCACGACAGAUGAAGUUCAUAGCCCGCAAAUGGAAAAUUCAACCGUAAAUAGUGAUGAAAAUCAGUUCACAGAAGGACAUGAGGGAGAUAUGGAUGCCCAGCAUCAAAAUUUGGAGGAGAACCAGAAAUUUAUUGGAGAACAGCUGGACGUACACCUCAUCGAAGAAGAAUAUCAAAGGAUCAAGGUUGUCGAGACGCUGGGAGAAGAAAAAAGUCUUACGAAAACAUUGGAGUUUUUUGAUGAGGCUGACAAUGCUGAGUUGAUUCGCACACAGGAGUCACGGAGCGAAAUUACUGAGGAAAUCAAGUUGCAGAAAAAUAAUGUAAAUGUGAAUGUACCUCAUCCGGAACUGGAAGACACUGAGAUGGUUUCCUCUAACGAAGAAAACACCAAGCUCCUGACCAUUCUAGAAGAUUUUCCGGCAACAGUAGACGAACCAAUAACCAAAGCUGAUCUGAUUACUAUGGAUGAUCUGGUGAUUCCUGCAAGAACAGAAGCUAACGUGCGAGGAAGUUUGAAGAUGGUCUUAAUGGGAGAUGUACUAGUUUGCGAGCCCUGCGAUAUAGGAAAUCCUCAAGCACACGUAGCUCGCACAGUGGUGAGGAAUGAACAGAAGAUUCCAGUGAAGAUGAUGAAUUUAUCGUGGAAAGAAGUCAAGCUGAAGAAGGUGGAAACAACCCGUAUAAUGUAUCACUGUGGGAUGCAUAGUCACUCGUCUUUGGUGGAGGGAGGAAUUUCAAGUUAUGUGGAUAGGCUGGGAGCAGAAGAUUGCAGGCUACUUCAUCGCUAUCGCGCACUGAAACUCUAUGAACAGGAUAUUGGACAGAUAACGAUGAAUGGAUCGACUACCGCUUCACUUACAAUCUUGGGAUCGGUAGAUGCUACUGGAUCAUGUGACGGAACAAUAUACCACGAAAAUGGACGAACCUGGAAAGAUGUUGUCAUCAUGGCCAGCGUGAAAAUACAAGCUAGGGAUUACGAGGCCAAAGUCAAUCUCAACGAGAAUGAGAUUAGCUUACAGGGAGGUGUAACUUGUCCCUUCAUGAAAGGAUACUGUUUCGAUACUAUAUUGGGAGAAAGUGUAUGGGACAAUGACUAUGAACAGGCAUGUUUCAAGCUAAGAAAAUUAGAAGAAGAUGAUUUGUCACAAACAGACUCCAAAAGUAGGAAAUCACAAAAAAAAUCAACCAAAAGAGACGAAGAUUUCGUUUAUUUUGAGGCAAGCGAUAUUAGCGAUGAUGAAGAUCAUGAUAUUAUUCCUGUUCCUCCAAAAUUUCCAAAGGAGCCAAAGCAAAAAUCGUCAAAGGAGCUGAUGAGAAAAUCGUCAAAGGAGUCAAAGGAGCCAAAGAAAAAAUCAUUUGCUGAACUAAAGCCAGUUGAUAGACCGCGAAAUAAUAAUAAUUAUUUUCUUCCACCAAGUAGUCCCAAACCUAAUCAGGAUCAAAUAGAAGUCUCACCAAAUCAAGGCAACUAUAAAUGCCACUGCGAAAAACCUUCAAAAAUGGUGGAACGCCUGCUGCGCGACAUGCAAACGAUUAAAUUGGAUGUUAGAAGUCUGGUUUUGGAAUUAAACAAUAAUAAGUAA